AUUUGUUGUUAUCCACUGAACCGAGAAACGCAGAUGAAACAGAUAUUUCAAAAAAUCUAUUUACUUUCUGACGUUUGUUAAACAUAGACUCCCCAUCCAGGAUAUGGUUAAGAUUAUCGGUAUUUACUGCUUAUAAACGGCUACAAACUGCUGCAUCACUGAAACUAACCACAUCUGACCAGAGAACAUGAAAGUGUCAUACAGUGUGGUCCUUCUGUUGACCAGUACGAAUGUAAUUUAUUGCUGCUUUAUCAAUCCUUGUAACUACAGCGAAUAUUGUAAAAAUGGAGGAGAAUGUGUCUUCUUGGACGACCAAUGCACGGCUGUGUGUAAAUGUACGAACGGAUAUACCGGAGAAAGAUGCGACAGAAAGUUUAAUGAGUCGGACUUUGAUUGUAGAUCUUGUCAUGAAAAUCAAACCUGCUUCCAUUUAAACAAUGCUUGGACUUGUGUGACCUUGUCAACUUCUACAGAGACCGUGGUCAAUACAACUACAGAGACCGUGGUCAAUACGCCUGUCCAGACCGCCGAGAUUCCUCGUAACGUCUGCUCUGAGGACUACGUCAAUAGAGAAGACAGUGAACGUUUCUGUCUGGGUUACAAUUGUGUUUACGGGUGGUGUAACAAGAGUUACGAGGAUGUCGGGGGCAUACAGACACUGACCACUAAAUGCGCCUGUGACCCCGGGGCCAGGGGUACUAAGUGUGAGUAUCAGUGCUGUUUGGACUGUGGCCACGGUAUCUGUCAGUAUAGUGUCAGUGAGAAGGAACCGUUCUGUAACUGUGAGUCUGGAUACACGGGGGGACGAUGCACGGAACUCCAGCCCAGCACAGACACAGACAUGUCGGAUCCGAUCUGGAUCUGGUGGCUAGUCGGAGGCUGUGUCUUGGCUUUCUUCCUCCUCUUGGUAUUGUUGAUAUUGGUACCGUAUUGUCUCUGGAAGAAGCGAGUUCUGGUUGUAAUGAAAGUGGCCUACUUUUUCCAGUCAUACGAGGACAAUGACGACAAGGUCUGGGACGCCUUCGUCUCUUAUAAGUCGGCGGGAGCAGAUGAGGACUUCGUGAUGAACAAACUCCAGCCUGUUCUGGAGGAUCAGUUGGGUUUCCGUCUGUGUCUUCACUACCGGGACUUUGUCAUAGGAGCAGCAAUAUUUGAAAACAUCAUAGAGGCUAUAAACAACAGUCGGAGAACAAUACUGGUGUUAUCUCCCCGCUUUCUGAGCAGUGAAUGGACGCGUUACGAAUACCAGGUGGCGCUGCAAGAAAUGCUCAAAAAGAAACACCGCAUAAUCCCGAUAAUUCUGGAAGACAUAUCCGCCGUGGAAAACGUAGACGAGACCCUGAAACAGAUCCUGUCUUCCAUUACGUACAUCAAGUGGCCGGAGAGUGAGAAGAAAGAGAAAAACUUCUGGAAAACUCUUCAACUCUCUCUUCCGAAGAAAAGAGUGGAAUCAAGCUCGGGUUCGACCAGUACUGGGAUCAGCUCUGUUGAACCUCCUAGUCCCACGGACAGUGUCCCAAGUGACUAUUUUUCAACUGACCAAGUUAUAAACGGUCAAUCAAAGGUUCUCACGUCGGACAUUAAUGACGUCAAUAUAGACAUUAUCAGUAAUUCGUUUUUCUCCAACAACAUUGCAUAUAUAAAUAGCACCGAGAAUGCUAAACCAAACGCUGUAAAAGUAAUAUCUGAUGAGGUUUACAAUUCUCAGUAUCUAAGUGAAAGACUGUGAUUUACAGGAUUACGGUCGUCGUUAAUGAGUUGAGUUUGUGAUUGUCGUUAAGGAUAGGGUUUGUGGCAAUCGGAUCAUGCUCGUCAUUUUCCGUAACCGGAAAAAAGACUCGGACGUGGAUCGGCGCAAAGUUUGCAUCGAAUCCAUGCAUUUCUUCACCAGAAGCGCGCAUGCGGAUGAAGUUAAAAGGCUAGAACCGAAUCCCUGUAUAAUGUGUUAUUUAGAUUUUCACCGGAUUCAGUUUUGGUAUCAUUAACAUCUUCUUCCCUCUAAUACAUAAACAUAUAAGUAGAAAUUGAUUGUGGUAGAACACCUUAGAUGUAUGACAUCUUAGCUGCAUUUUAAAAAAGCUCGCGUUUCAUAUUGUAACUUACGACUGUGACGUCAUAGUUUCAUUUGCGUACACAUAGCAACCGACUCUGAUGGCGUCAAUCUGCAUACGAGGUUUAUUUGCAGUUAGGGAAAUAACCGAGUAGUUACGAUGGGUUUGUGAUAGUUGGUUUGUGGUAGUCGUUAGGUCGAGUUAUCAUCCCUGUCACACAAUGUUGCUUGAACAACCACUAGCUCAGCGGGAGAGAACUGACAUAAUUUUUUCACAUUAAGGAUAUUAUCUUAGUUACCUCGCUUUUCUUGACGAAAUAUAGUGAAAUAAUUACAGACGUGUUACAUCACAUGAAGAUGAUGGGCGUCUCAGAUGGAUUACAGAACCAGGAUAGAAAUGACCUACAUAAAACUUGGACAAUCAACAUGAUAAUUCAAAGAAUUUAAUAUGUAAAUAAGAUCUAUGCUUAGUGUAGAGCAUUUUUACCAAUUAGUUGCAAAAACAUUUAAAAGCAAGCUAUCGUUCUUGUAAUUGUGUUCAGUAGAUCUAUAUUUGAUGUAAGUAUGAGUUAAUCUAGAAAUUAUUGACUCAGGAGCAUUAGUUACAUGCGUAGGACACAUACAUCGAUAUACCAUGCAAGGCAUUUUGUGGAAGGUCUUUGAAAUACCAAUAGAAUGUGACUGCCUUAAGGUAAUUAAAUUGUAAUGCACGAGAAUUAAAAGAACUGUGUGCUAAUCUUAUAGUAAUUAAAAACUCCGAAUUUGCUCUGUUUAUCGAAAA